CAGCCACUCCUGAUCAUUGAAAGGACUUUCUGUCCUCCAGUCGGAACGGACAACUAACUCGCACUCUGCUUAUUCCUUUGCUUCCCUUCUUCGUUUCUGCGCAGGCUUCUUGCGCCCCUCAUAGUGCGCCAUGGUCGCGCCAGCUGUUCCCGAGAUUUAUGAGGAGGAGGACAUACUUGCUGCCGUUGAUGCGCGUACAGAGUCACUACAGAACCUAAGGGAAUUGGGCCCUCCAGACUUGGUGUACUUGAUCAAGCAGCCAAAGACUGGUUCAACACGUCAGACUGGCGUUUAUCACCAUGUCACCGGUAUUGAUGCAUCUUCCUCCGCAAGCUUGGCUGCCUACGUGAACACCCUAGUGGCAUCCCCCCUCGAUAAGGCGAAUAAAGUGGUAUCAGGAAUCUACUGUUGCUACAAUGCGUUCUCCCAUUUGGACAUGCGAGUCGAAGUGAAGAUCCCUGGAAGCCUCGAAAGCUACUGUAUCGACGAACGCGGAGAUAAACGUGUUGCGACCGAUGCAUUAUGGCUGGAAACUUUUCUUUGCGGAGUCUUGCGAGCAUAUUCAUAUGCGGACGACGGCAGCGGCGAUGCUAUUAGGAAGAUUGUCGGGGUUCGUCGUUUCAACCCCGUUACGAACACCGAAAUGGAGCAUAGAUUCUUAGAUGCUGCCGAGAAAUUAUUCUUCUUAGGAAGACAACUCAGUUCCGACCCCGAAACCCAAGUUCCGAACACAGUGAGCAACCACCUCACGGCCGGUCUUCUCAAGUACAUUCAGACCACGGGCCGGUAUGCUUCUGGUAUCAACUUAUUCGAGAAACUGCGCACAAGGGACGUGGAGGUCUCGUCUUUGCUCGCUCAAGUUUUCAGGAUGGCGGAUGAAGAGGUUCAAGCAGUGCGGCUUAUGUACGACGCUCUGCAAGAUGUUCCCAUGGACUACGCGUUACUUGACUGCCAGUCUGCCUUCUGCGCUAGCAAAGGAGAAGGCGAAAUGGCGUUGGAGUGUGCUAAGCGCGCCGUAACCGCUGCCCCCAGCGAAUUCAGCACCUGGGCUCGGUUGGCUGAGGUUUACGUGUGCCUAGAGAAAUGGGAUUUGGCUCUUUUGACGCUGAACUCCUGCCCGAUGUUCACCUACCAGGACAAAGACACACCACGCAUGCCCCAGCCGUCUCGGAUCAUGCUGCCCAUUCUAGCAGAGAGCAUGUUAGACGAGAUCGACGAAGGUCAGCCGAAACAGGGAGACCCUCAUGAUUAUGUACAUCCGUCGUUGCGGAGGCUGCAUGCGGCCACAUACCAGGGAACAUUUCUGAAAGCCUACAACCUGCUGACCAAGAUUGCCGCCGCGAUCGGCUGGGACCAGCUCCUUAAGGUGCGCAGCGAGGUUUUCGUCAUGGAAGAGGAAUAUCGCUCAGAGCGCCAGCACUCCACAAAGCCAUCAAUCCAUUCGCAUGGUGAUAGCCCCGCAGAGUCAGCAGAGUCAACAGAGCCCGCGGAAACCGCGGAGACAAAUGGUAGUCGCGAGCAGGAAAAUGGAGACGGUCGCCCAGUGGAAUCUGUCACGGAGAUUGUCAAUGGCGACGACCACACACAAGGCGAGAACUCAAUCGAGAGGCCCGAGCAGACAAUGGCAUCGGAAGUUGUUAAGUCUGGCAAUGACGAUCCCGACCCGUCACACGCAUCAUAUACACAGUUCAAGAAUAAACGACUAUGCGAAAGAUGGCUGGAUAAUCUCUUUAUGGUCUUAUAUGAGGAUCUCCGCAUAUAUACAAUCUGGCGUACGGAGGUAGCCCAGUACCGGCAACAAGCGAUGGAGUACAAGAAAUCAGCUACUGAAUGGGAGAUUCUUGGUGAGCUGGCAGAGCGGCUGCACCACUUUGAUGAGGCCAUCGAAGCCUACCAAGCCUGUUUGUCAAUCCGUUUCUCGCCAAAAGCCAUGCGUGGCAUUCUCAAGCUACAUGAAAAGCAGAAUGACACCAGGGGGAUGCUCAGUGCUUUGAUUCGCCUCAUCGCCUGGCAGUACCGAUGGUACUCUGAGUUGAUCGAAGACGAGGGCGCCGUCAAAGUCCGCAGCAUCGUUCAGGCCACGAACCUGCCCCAGCACGUUCUAGACCUCACCCAUCAAUACUGUCAACUGUGCGCGACGUUCCGCAGCAGCGGUAGUGAUGGUUAG